GAUUCGUGUUUUGAAAAUGCCACAUAAUGAUCACUUGCGUGUGACAAAAAGUCACCCUCACCACUAAGCCUUUCAGACUCACCAUGGAACACAUUAGUGGAUUUCUCAUGACUACUUGAAUUAAUUUUAAAAAAGGCAACGAUGAAAAGUAGUUCGUCACCGUGACGACAGCUCAACUUUGUGGGAGAAACCCGGAGGGGUUGCUGAGGUUUUUGCCCGGAUGGACAUGAGCACAGAUGAUUUGGGGAUAGGAUGGGGGGGGAGAGGGAGAGAGAGAGAGAGAGAGAGAGCAUGCACUCACCCCCCUCCCGCACUCUCACCACCUCUCCCUUCCUCUUGCAACCUUAACUCACUUUUUAAGCCAGCCUGAGUCAAGAUUAUAACGGGUUGGAAAUAGAGAGGGAGCCCCACUGCAAGAGUGUGCAUUGUUUUGUUUUGUUUAGUUUUGAAUUCGAGCGACCGGGUUGCUUCCAUGCGCAGGCGAGAGGAUGACCGAGGAGCCCGCCAGGAGAUGAGCGCAGGAGCACGCACCGGUCCGGUGCUUCGUGGGGCGGAUAUCGACUUUCUGGACGCACAUCCCGCACACUUGGACCGGAGCUGACCACGACCAUGGAAUGCAGAUGGCUGGGCCGAGGCUAGUUUCCCAUGUAGAGCUUCCUCUCCGGACUGCCACCUGAGCGUCUGAUGGAUCGCCGCGUUUUGGCCAAGCUGCGAACAUGAAUCGUGAGGCCUCCGCCGCGACGUGGAUGCUUUUGCCUCCGGGAGAAAUCUGAGCAUCCGGGAUUCGCACAGACCUUUUCUUUUUUUUUCUCCCCCCCCACCCAAGCCAGCGAGGGGACGCAAACCAUGGAGUUGUUAUGGUUUGGCCUCGGACUGAGCGCAUGUUUUUAGUCCAGCUGUAGCGCCCACUUCCCCUUCCUCCUCCAUCCCAUCCCAUCCCCCGCCACCCUUUCCCUCAUGUCACAUCUUUCCCAGAAUUAUGGAAAUUUUGUGGAAGGCGCUGACUUGGACAUUGAGUCUGGUGGUCAUGGCUGCUUCCGAAUUUCAGAGCGUCGAUCAACUUCCACACAACUCCCAAGAGGAGUUCCUGUCCUACCUGCAGCACUACCAGCUGACUGUUCCCAUGCGAGUGGAUGAGAAUGGAGAGUUCCUGAGCUACGCCGUGAAGCACCACCGACCCGGACGGCGGAGACGCGGGGCGGCCGACCCUUCGGCGGGCCCGUAUCCGGAGCCGCCCGAUUCCCAGCUUUUCUACAGACUCUCCGCCUACGGGAAGCACUUCCACUUAAACCUGACUCUCACCCCUCACCUGGUCUCCAAGCGCUUCACGGUGGAGUACUGGGGCCGCGAUGGCCUGGAGUGGCGCCACAACCUGGUGGACAAUUGCCACUAUGUGGGAUUCUUGACAAACCGGCGCGGGGCCACUCGAGUGGUGCUCAGCAACUGCAAUGGCCUGCACGGCAUCAUAACGACGGAAGAAGAACAGUAUUUAAUUGAGCCAUUAAAGAACACAUCCUCCCCCGCCAGCGAACGGAACCCGGAUGAAGCACAGCAACACGUCAUUUAUAAGAUGUCCGCCAUGCCCUCGUCGCAGGAGCAGAGCCAAGAGUCGAGCUGCGGCAUUUCAGACCUGGUUAAAAACAGCAGCCACGCCCCGGCCCGAGCAUCCGCCGCAACCCGACCCGACGACACGGGCCGCGACGGCACUCGGCGAAGGCGGCGCUCCGUCAGCACCGAGCGUUUCGUGGAGACGCUGGUGGUGGCCGACAAGAUGAUGGUCGGCUACCACGGCCGCAAAGACAUCGAGCACUACAUCCUGUCCGUCAUGAAUAUUGUUGCCAAACUUUACCGUGACGCCAGCCUAGGAAAUGUUGUGAACAUUAUCGUGACACGGCUCAUCGUUCUGACCGAAGAUCAGGUACGAAGACCUCAGCAAACCUCACUAACUAUUUGCAUCGGAUGUUUCGGUCGCGGUUGUGACAAAUGCGUCUCGGCUGGAAGAAAAGCGCCGUGUUGGUGUUCCCUGUGCAUUCUCAACUUCAUCUCGAUCCCCCAGCCUAACCUGGAGAUCAACCAUCACGCCGACAAGUCUCUGGACAGCUUCUGCAAAUGGCAAAAGUCCAUCCUGUCCCACCACGGCGACAGUGGCAACAGCAUUCCGGAAAACGGGAUGGCCCACCACGACAACGCCGUGCUCAUCACUCGGUAUGACAUCUGCACCUACAAGAACAAGCCGUGUGGAACGCUAGGCUUGGCCUCGGUGGCAGGAAUGUGCGAGCCGGAGCGGAGCUGCAGCAUCAAUGAAGACAUUGGCCUCGGCUCGGCUUUCACCAUCGCACACGAGAUCGGCCACAACUUCGGCAUGAACCACGACGGCAUCGGCAACUCGUGCGGCACCAAAGGCCACGAGACGGCCAAGCUGAUGGCAGCGCAUAUCACGGCCAACACCAACCCCUUCUCCUGGUCGGCCUGCAGCAAGGACUACAUCACCAGCUUUCUCGACUCAGGUCGGGGGACGUGUCUGGACAAUGAACCUCUGAAACAAGACUUCCUGUACCCAACAGUGGCUCCGGGGCAGGUGUACGACGCCGACGAACAGUGCCGCUUCCAGUACGGUGCCUCCUCGCGCCAGUGCAAGUAUGGGGAAGUGUGUAGAGAGCUCUGGUGCCUUAGCAAAAGCAACCGCUGUGUUACGAACAGUAUUCCUGCCGCCGAGGGAACGUUGUGCCAGACGGGGAGCAUCGAGAAAGGGUGGUGCUACCAAGGCGAGUGUGUGUUGUUCGGGACCUGGCCGCAGAGCGAGGACGGAGGCUGGGGUCCCUGGUCCAUGUGGGGGGAGUGCAGCAGGACGUGCGGUGGCGGCGUCUCCUCGUCCAUGAGGCACUGUGACAGCCCAGCGCCUUCCGGAGGAGGAAAGUACUGCCUAGGGGAGAGGAGACGCUACAGGUCCUGUAACACUGCCGCCUGUCUUUCGGGAUCCCGUGAUUUCCGGGAGAAGCAGUGCGGCGACUUUGACGCCAUGCCUUUCCGAGGGAAGUACUACAACUGGAAGCCUUACACCGGCGGGGGCGUCAAGCCGUGCGCCCUCAACUGCCUAGCGGAGGGAUACAACUUCUACACCGAGCGCUCUCCGGCUGUCAUCGAUGGCACGCGAUGUCAGGCCGACUCCCUGGACAUAUGCAUCAACGGCGAGUGUAAGCACGUGGGCUGCGACAACGUGUUGGCGUCGGACGCCAAGGAGGAUCGAUGCCGAGUGUGCGGCGGCGACGGAAGCGCCUGCGAGGCCACCGAGGGACUCUUCAACAACUCUCUGCCCCGAGGAGGCUACAUGGAGGUGGUCCAUAUCCCCAAAGGUUCCGUUCACAUCGAGAUCCGAGAGGUUACCAUAUCCAAGAACUACAUCGCUUUGAAAUCCGAGGGAGACGACUAUUACAUCAACGGCGCGUGGACCAUCGACUGGCCAAGAAAGUUCGACAUCGCCGGCACCGCCUUCCACUACAAGAGGCCCACCGAUGAACCAGAGUCUUUAGAGGCCCUCGGGGCAACUACAGAGAACCUGAUUGUCAUGGUAACACAUAGGCCAAUCAGUUCAGUGACUUUGUGGCUUGGCGGAAACCAAAUUUUCUCUCCGCGUCCGUCACAGAUCCUCCUCCAGGAGCAAAACCAGGGCAUCCGCUACAGGUUCAACGUGCCUAUUCAGCGCACGGGAAGUGGCGACAACGAGGUGGGCUUCUCCUGGUACCACCUGCCCUGGUCCGAGUGUUCAGCGACAUGUGCCGGAGGCUCCCAGAAGCAGGAGGUGGUGUGCAAGCGACUGGACGACAACUCUGUGGUCCAGAACAGCUACUGCGACCCAGACGGCAAGCCCCCCGACAAGCAGCGGGACUGCAAUAGCGAGCCCUGCCCUCCUGAAUGGUUCAUUGGGGACUGGUCCGAAUGUGGUAAGACGUGCGACGGCGGCCUCCGGACCAGGACGGUCCUGUGCAUCAGGAAGAUCGGGCCAGCCGAAGAGGAGACCCUGGAGGACACUCACUGUCUCACCCACAGACCCAUUGAGCAAGAGGCCUGUAACAACCAGUCCUGCCCGCCUAAGUGGGUCACUUUGGACUGGUCUGAGUGCACGCCCAAAUGCGGGCCCGGCUUCAAGCAUCGCAUCGCCUUGUGCAAGAGCAGCGACCUGAGCAAAACCUUCCCGCCCGCCCACUGUCCGAGCCACAACAAGCCGCCGGUUCGAAUUCGCUGCAGCAUCGGCCGCUGUCCUCCUCCGCGCUGGAUCCCCGGCGAAUGGGGGCAGUGCUCAGCGCAGUGCGGCCUGGGCCAGCAGAUGCGUACAGUGCAGUGCCUAUCCUACACGGGGCAGCCAUCCAGCGAGUGCGCUGACGCCCUCCGGCCCACCACUAUGCAGCAGUGUGAGAGCAAGUGCGACGCCACGCCCAUCUCCAAUGGCGACGAGUGCAAAGAUGUCAACAAAGUGGCCUACUGCCCACUCGUACUCAAGUUCAAGUUCUGCAGUCGGGCCUACUUCCGUCAGAUGUGCUGCAAAACGUGUCAGGGCCACUGAGCCCAAGGCAAAGAUUGGAGGCCCGCGAGCCAGGAAAGGAGUGCCAACCCCGACGACGACUCCGCAGCACCCAAAACGAGAAGUCGACCUUUUGCGGAGCCAAACCACUGCUCAGCCGUCAAGCUGACACAAAAACUGUUCACUUCUGUGAAGUGGAGCUCGGAGGAGGAUCGGUUGGUGAUGUUAUUUUAUUAUAAUAAUAAUUCCCGGUAUCAUUGUUGCGUCUUCCUCCGAGUUGCUGUUUGAUCCAAAGUGCUGGACACCUGGCUGACAGAGGACGGAUGGAUGGACAGGCGAGAAACGCUGUCGACGGGCAGACCUUUGGCCUGGCUGCACUUUUUUUUGGGUGUAAAAUACCGAACAGCCAAGGAUAUACGACAGCGCAGAGCAAGCCCCGCCCUCGAUCAUCAGCGUAACUGUGUAUUUAUUAUCCAAGAGUCACAUUGUAGCCUGCUAUCUUGGAAGUGAAUACGUGUCAUCGAACAAAAGCCUGACAUAAUGCCAUGCAGUGUUUCCCCAAUCUUUAUGAAGCCAAGGCACAUAUUUUACAUUCGAAAAUAUCUCGAGGCACGCCACCAAACAAAGAAAAAAAAGCAAUAUUGCAUAUUGGAAAUUACCAAGAAAUUAAGAGUAAUUUAAUGAAAACGUGUUAGUCAAGGAUUUUAUCAUAAGCAGACAUCCAUACCAAAUAGCUCUCCGUGCCCACAUGUGAGGGCAUUACAGUACCUUAGUCAUUCACUACCAGCUGAUUUGAACGCAGCCAUUUUCUGUAUCCCUCCACCAACCCCCACCGACCACAAGGGUGCCUUGCUUGCUAAGAUUAAGCCAGCAAAUCUGCGUGUAAGACUUGUGAUCGAUACUCUCGACAAAUUGGCAUUUAAAAAGAGAUCAUUAAACUUUAUCACAAUGGUUGCGCAACUUUGCUUUGAUUUUUUUUUUUUGUUUGUUUUGUUUUAUUCGGGACUUCCUCCCUUCCGGUUUGAUGGGGCACUGAAUAUGUGUCCCAUAUAUUGAAUAUCUGUGGCUGUUUUCAGUUCCUCCAGCCAAUGAGAACAAAAACGCAAAAAAAAAAAAACAAGUUCAAUAUGGUGCUUGUGGUGCUAAUCAUGGUAAAUGCUGGUCGUGUUCUUGUCAUGUUGUUUGUUGUACCUCACACUGGGAAUGUAUUUGUUGUAGUAUUGUAUGGCAAAAAACUAAACAAAACUAAACAAAAAAAAUGACAGGACAUUUGCAUCCCAUCACUAACAAGCCAUUACUGCUGGCUCAGGAAAGCGAAACUUCAUAUCGGAUUCUUUGUUAUUGUUGUUGCUGCUGCUGCUACUUUUUGGUAGCAAACAUCAACGUCAUUCCUUGAAGGAGGCCGUCAAGAGAUGUGGAAAAAGGACAGCGGGAGAGUGUUUGGAUUCAAAGCGCUCAGACUUUAAAAAAAAAUAAUAAUAAUAAAAUAAAAGGGUACUCGUUGCUGUGAACUAUUUGAAUGUUACAUUGCUUACAUAC